GGAUUGAGUAUGACAUUGAGGCCCAGGGAGUCUGUAAAAUGGCGCCCCUCGCUUCUGCAACGCAUAGCUUCCUUUGCAGGCCAGCUUUUAAGUAAUGUUUACCAGCGGGUAAUCUGAUUCAGUGCUUUGGCAGCCUCAGCUUGGUCAUUUUGAGCACCCGUGGAGGUCUGAUUAUCAAUUGGCACUUACUUUUAGCACCAGCUCAUGACGGGUUGAAGAUGCGCUAUGCAUGCAUAGAAGGGAUGGCCUGCACACAGUGUGGCCGAUUCCUAAGCGAGGUUGUUUGGAUCAUAUAGAUUGCCAGUGGAGCUAGUUGUGUUGCGUCUGUAUUUACCCUAACAUUUGCCCAAUGGAUCCCCUCCACAGCUUGCUAGGGGCUAUGGCUGCGUUGCCUGGGAAUCAGGAGGACUUGUCUGAAGCAGAGGCAGAGAUGAAGCUGGCACUUGAGGAAGCAUGUCAGGAAGCAGGAGUCAUCCUCUCCCCUGCCAUGUCGCCCAAGGCCCUCUGUGUGUUCAACUACAGAGAAAACAUGCCAGGUGUUGGGAAAAUGGCAGGCUGGCUGCGCAGCACACGCCGCCAGCGCAAGAUGCCGGCGUUCCAGCGCAUUGCCUCCCAGAGGCGCUGCAAGAGUGCAGAGGAGCUGCCCCGCAUGCAGGCCAUCAGCGAGGAGCAGAUCCAGGUGGUGGGCCCAGCUGCAGGAGGCCCUCAGCGCCUGCCUUCGCGCCUGCAGCGGGGCAACAGCGAGCCAGAAACGGGGCGGGCCGACCUGGAGGAUGCAGACCUCGACGAGGGCCUGGGCCAGACGGUGCGACCCCUCUCCCCCCUCUCCCCCGCAAACAUCCUGGAGCGCCUGGGCAGUGCGCGUGAGCUGGACAUUGCCUCCGAGAAGCUAGACUGGUCUGGCCUGGCGGCGGUGUACCGUACAGAGCACGCGGACGACCCCAGUGAUAGCGGCAGUGACGGCGUGAUGGAGAUCAAGAUCAACAGCGGGGGGGUCGUCUACUUUGCUGCGUUCCAGUACGCCAAGCCGCCUCGAGAGCAGGGCGAAGGUGGCCCUUCCGAAAGCGGGGGCACACACCGCGGCAGCCUCGGCUCUCCCUUGGGGCAGCAUCAUGCGUCCCAGAUGGCGGUCACCACUUCUCAGGAGGGGGCAGCCGUGGUGGUGCGGGCCUAUGGCAGCCAGGGCGUGACUCAGUUGACCUUCCCGUCCCCCACAGCGGCACCUACCGGUGCCACCUCUCCCGGGGCUCGGCUUGAGCCUGCUGCGCCCUCCUCCCCUCAGGGGGGCUCCGGGCAAGAGCUGGACACAGGGGCAGGGGUGGAGAGAAGCGAGGCCGCGGGAGCAGGGCUGAAGGUCCGCAUAGCAUCCAGGAUGUCGAGACCUAGCCCAGACAUACACGCUACUGAGCGCAGCAGCCUCGGACCGCCCGCCAACAGCAGCCGACCCCUCGGCGAUGGUGCCCCCUGGCAACGUCCAAGCCCAGUGCGGCAGCCGCGGGUGGAGGUCGAGGAGUUCGCUGCUUGCAUCAAGUUCGGUCCCAGCAGGCUCGCCACCCAGAGUGAGCGCCUGGGCAGUGAGCUGGCGCGGCAUCUGGGGGUGCCCACCCCGCAGGUCAGGGUCAUCCACAGCGGCUCCGAGGAGUGGGCCGCCAUCCAGGCUGCGGUCAACAAGGCCAAGAGCCGCGCGGUGGACAAGAUCCAGACGCUGGCUGCGGAGGGCCGCGGUCAAAGCCCUGCGUACAAGGCGGCGGAAGACGAGGAGCGCACGUGCGAGGAGCUGCUGGACGCGCUGCGCAUCUUCCGCUGCCUGCUGCUCAUGGGGUACGUGCAUGGCAAGUCGCUCAAGGACAGCCCGUCUGCCUUCGAGGGGCCCGUAGAGCAGGAGGCGACCGCGGCAGCGCUGGGGCGCGUGCUGGUGCUGGACCUGGUGCUGCGCAACGAGGACCGCCUGGCCGUCAAGCGGCUCGGGUGGCAGGAGAACGCGGGCAACCUGCGCUACACGGAGCGCCCCUUCGCCACCCCAAAGACGCCCGCGCAGCUCGCCGCCGAUGUAACAGCGGCGGCCGACCUACUGCGGAUCAAGAGCAAGGGCAGGGCCAAGGCGAGGUCUGCGGAGAACAAGUCGCGGGCGGCAGUGGUUCGAGAUGCCGGGGGGGGCAGUCCGCCGGCAUUAGUUCUGCACAAGCGCAGCAUGAGUGCGCCAAACGUCCGCGAGAUCCAGGAGGCCGCCAUACUCGAUCCCCUAACCGUCCCUGCUCCCAAGCCGUCUGCCCGUGGCUCCGUGGUGGUGAUCGACUCGGGGAUCCCCCGACGGCCCCCUGCCGCUAAGAUGGAGGCAGACCGCGAAAACUUUCCCAAGCUCAUGGAGUUGCUGCUGUGCGACGCGGACGUGGCGGCCGAGGUCCUGCGCGAAGUCAGCAGCGGGUACCUGCUGGCACCCUCUCCAGCUACAGACGGGGCUGUGGCGGGCCCAGAAGAGGCACCGCAUGAUGGCGCACAAGCAGGGGAGGCCCCGCUGGAGCCGACAACAUCGUCCCUCUUCUCUGACGCCAACCAGGCCGUCGACCUUUCGAGCCUGGAUAAGGCGGCUGCGGAGCGGCGCCUGGUGGAGGCGUUUCAGCGCGGGGUGCGCGAGACAGUGGAGGCGGUGCACGGGCUGCGGCCGCUGUUGUCGCGGCUGCACCAGCGACUGGACGGCCUGCUGCGCGCCUUCAUUGCGUGCAUCGGGGAGGUCGGCCGGGCCGAGCCACGGCCCUCGCCCAGUGCGCCGCGCCGCCUGUCCGGGGCGGGCCUCGGCCACAGCCCCUCUGGGCGGAAACCCCCCUCGCCCAAGGAUGCCAAGAAGCCGCUCUCCCCCAAGGACCCGCGCAAGCCCCCCUCGCCCCGUGACACCAAGCUGCCGACGCCCCCGGACGCUGUCCGCACCUUCAGCAGGGCGGGGUCCGGAAGUCCCGGGGAGAACGGCCGGGAGCCGGGCAGCCCGCUGAGGGGGUCGCCACUGCGCUUCACGAUCCGGCUGAAAGACUGGCAAAAGGUCGCCAAGGUGGACGACAUGGUGUCGGACAUGCUGGAGGAGUGGGACGCCAAGCUGCGACGCGAGGCGGCCGCCGUGUGCGAGGCGCACGGCUUCGUCACCGGCUUCCUCGAGUGGGCCGGCGGCCACUCCCUCGUCGACAGCUACGAGCUCAAGGUGCGGCUGGAGCACGUGCUGGAGCGCGUGGGGCUGAUCCUGGCGGGCGCGGAGGCUCAGCGGCCGUCGGCGGUGCUGCCGUACCUGUACGUGGGCGGGGUCGCGGCGGCACGCAGUCGGCACGUGCUGCAACACCUGGGGAUCACGCACAUCGUCAACAUGGCGCCCGAGGACACCCUCGGGGAGGACGGCACGCUCGGCGAGUUCCCCGACUGCUUCAAAUACACGCACUACCAGGCUCGUGACACCCCGACGGAGGACAUUGGUCGCUUCUUCGAGCCCGUGAGUGCGCUGAUCGACGCUGCUGCCGCGGGUGGGGGCAAGGUGCUGGUGCACUGCUUCGAGGGCAAGAGCCGCAGCGUGGCCGUCGUGCUAGCCUACCUCAUGCUGCACAAGGCCAGGAACCUCGCGCAGGCAUGGGCGGAGGUGAAGGUGGUGCACCCGCGUGCGGCGCCCAACGACGGCUUUGCGGCGGCGCUUGUGCGGCUGGAGAAGCGGCUGCACGGGCCGGUGGCGUCCAUGGAGUGGAAGGGCAAGAAGCCGUCCGGCCGGCUGUGCCCCGUGUGCGGCAAGAGUGCCGGCGUCUCCACCGACUCGCUGCGCGUGCACCUGCGCAAGGUGCACCCCGAGUAUAGGGCAGCCCCGCUGCCGCCUCCGGUGUGCUGACCCGCAGGCGAGUUUGUAUCUACAUUGCUGCGCAGGUAGACCAAACAGGUUAGGUCGCACGCUCGAGCAGUAGGUAGAGCUGACAAAAAGAGCAAUUGGUUCGGGUCUGCAGACUGUAGAGACGAGCUCGGACCCAGAACAGGGCAGAUGCAGGUGAGAUAAGAUAAUUGUAGUACAGUCACUGAAGUUUGUAUACCUUUUGGCAAGCAGCAACUAUUGGCCCCUAUUUUCCAAGAAGGUGGUUACAUCAAAUUAACACACUGGAUUCCAGUGCCUACGGCCGGUUCUGCCGAUUGACCAGACGCUGAAUUAUAGCAGAUACAUUGAUUUUUUUGACAGUGUUCCGUGUAUUCUAGUAGACUUGACAUGUACACUGAUUUGAAAACUGCAGAAUCAUAGCGUAACUAAUCUUAAUAUGCGCUCUUAGCAGUGCCUAGCUAGCUCGGUCCAUAGGCAGGCUUAUCAUAAGAUUUCAU